AAAUCUUUGAUGCACGUGCAAAUUCUUUAAAAUUACUGAUAAAAGGGAGCAGCUUCUGAGGGCGAUGUCAUCCCUUUGGGAACUAUCGUUUCUCAAUUCUUGUUGCACCCGGAAAGAAUAAGAUAACGCACCAUGGAUUCAAGUGUAGGAGACAACGCGAAAGCUGUCAGAAAGAGUAAAGUGGAGAAGAAAAUACUCAGAAAACAAUUAAAAGCCAGUCACACUUUACUGAAGCAUGAAGGCAUCAGUACGGCAGCGCUGCCUACAAAGAGUUUGGUGGUGGCUAACGGUGGCCUGGGGAACGGCGUCAGUCGAGAGGAGCUUUCUGGAGCGCUGAAAGAAGUGGGAGAGGUGGAGGCCUUGGUCAUGCCUCCUUACAAGCCCCACGCCUUUGUCACAUACAGAUCUGAGGAGAGUGCUCAGAAAGCUUACAUCAAUCUUAAUGGACAGACGCUGCAAUGUGAAGAGAACAGCGUCACACUGUACCUAUGUUAUGUUGACUCAGUUGCCCAUGAGGAGGAGGCGUCUGUCCCUUUACCAGAUGGAUUAGUCUUAGUGGAGGAUUUUGUUUCUCCAGAAGAAGAAGCUCUGCUGCUCGCUGCUGUAGACUGGUCGUCCACUAAUGAUGGUGUCACUGCUCAGAAAGCUCUAAAGCAUAGAAGAGUCAAACAUUAUGGCUUUGAAUUUCGCUAUGACAACAACAACGUGGAUAUGGACAAGCCAUUACCUGCAGGUCUUCCUAAGGAGUGCGUACCUGUGCUGGAUCGCUGCAAGAAGAACGGAUACAUCAGCUUCAUGCCAGACCAGCUGACUGUAAACCAGUAUGAGUCUGGACAAGGGAUACCUCCUCAUGUGGAUACUCACUCUGCCUUUGAGGACACCAUCCUGUCACUGAGCCUGGGGGCAAAGAUAGUGAUGGAGUUCCGUCACCCUGAUGGUCGCGUUGUUGCUGUGGUGUUGCCAGGACGGAGUCUCUUGGUGAUGAAGGGAGAGAGCAGAUACCUCUGGACUCAUGGAAUUACCCCGCGAAAGUUUGACAUGAUGCCAGCCUGCAACCCACGGUUCUCUGCUCAAAUGCCCGACAGAACACACAGCGAUCUCACUUUGUGCAAGAGAGGCACCCGCACGUCUUUCACUUUCCGCAAGAUCAGACAUGAACCCUGCCACUGUGCUUUCCCCUCUGCCUGUGACAGUCAGGGAGCUCCCUCAGCACCCUCACCACCUCCCCCCACACUGCCCUGUUGCCAUGCCGAUGCAGCCUGUCUGGAGGAAGAGUACGUGCACCGAGUGUACGACGCCAUCGCCUCCCACUUUAGCAGCACUCGACACUCCCCUUGGCCUCGUGUUUGCCAUUUCCUGUCCUCGUUCCCACCUGGCAUCGUGCUGGCUGAUGUGGGUUGUGGGAAUGGGAAAUACCUGGGUGUGAAUCCGGAGAUGAUUGCGGUUGGAUGUGAUCGUAGCAGCGCCCUCGUCCAAAUCUGUGCAGAGAGAGGUUUCCAUGCGUUUGUAUCUGAUGCUCUCAGCGUGCCUCUGCGAACAGCCUCCUGUGAUGCCUGCAUCUCUAUAGCAGUCAUUCACCAUUUUUCCACACAGGAGCGUCGACUGGCAGCAGUAAAAGAACUGGUGAGGCUUUUGAAGCCUGGAGGUCGAGCACUUAUAUACGUUUGGGCUUUCGAACAAGAACACAACAAGCAGAAGUCCAAAUACCUCAAAGACCAAAACAAAGAGCAUCAUGGGAAGCACAGCCCAUCUAAAAACAUAUCAGAAGAUGGUCAGGAACCUCAUGAGAGAAUCCAUACCAGUGGAGAUUUAGAAGACAACCUUAGGCCUGUUGACACCAAUCGAGAUGUCAGCAAAGUGACUGAUGGCAAGCUUAGCGUGCACACCAACCGUACAGCCUUUAACACUCAGGAUGUUUUGGUUCCCUGGCAUCUGAAAGGGGGGAAAAAACAAGGGGAGGAACAAACAGGAAAUGGCUCAAAAAAGGAAAACAUAAAGGAAAAGUCCAAAAAGAGUUCAAGUAACUCUUGUUCAGUCUUUACAACUGACCCCAACUUAUCUUCUGGAUCAAGACCUGACGCCACUCAUAACGCAACUUCUAAAUCUAGUGCAAGUGGCAGCACUCCAAACCCCGCUUCCACUUUAAAGUCAGAGUCGGAGAGCAGCCCAGCACCUGUUUUUCAUCGUUAUUACCAUGUGUUCCAACAGGGGGAGCUGGAGCAGCUGUGUGGGCAGGUGGCUGGAGUCAAAGUGCAAAGCAGCUACCAUGACCAGGGCAACUGGUGUGUUAUAUUAGAGAAGGACUGAGGGGCAUUAGUUGACUGGCACAGACAUUUUUUUUUUAACAAUGCAAAAGACUAACUGGAAAGAUGCAUACAUAUGGUUAAAGUGCAAUGAAAUAAAUUAAAGAUUGUGCAAAAUGUC